GUGCUCGAGAACGGAGGAGGCGGAGUGUUUCCUUUAUUCAUUGCCACGAAGGGGGCGGGCCACCGGAAGCAGCUGCAGGACAGCCCACGAUGGCGGGAGCUUUGGCUUCAGGAGGGCGGCGGCAGUUGCGCUCGCUGGAUAAUGGGUCCUUGGAGGUAACACAGAGUAUGGAUGAUGACCCUCUACUUGAUGCACCCCUUCUUCCACGCCAUACAUUACAUUCCAGGCUGCAUCCAGAGUUCUGUGCCAUACCUACAGUCUUUGUUGCCAAUGUUUUGUUGCUUUUGCAUGUUACUUUCGUUGUGUUGGCAUUUGUGACAGGGGUGAUUUGUUCUUAUGCUGAUUCAAGUGAAGACACGUGCCCUGAAAACUACACUUAUCCUUUUAAAGUGCAGACUAUUAUAGUAAUUGCCAAGGUAAUUCUCUGGAUUCUUCAUCUGCUCCUGGAACGAUACAUUCACUUUCAUCACAGCAAAGCUAGAAGCAGAGGUUACCUCCGCAUCUACCGAACUACAAGACAUCUUAAAAGGGUUCCCCUACUAAUUCAGUCAACAGGAAAUGUGGCUCUAUUGCUGAUAGUGUCAUUGCAACAUUCGUUUCCUAAUCACAAUAAAAUGUAUCUCUGCUUCAUGCUGGGAAUCUUGGCUAUGGAAUUGAUAUGUUCAUUGAUAUGUCUAGUUGUCUACACAGUGAAAGUAAGCAACUUUAACCAAGCAAAGCCAAGACCUGAUAUAAUAGAAGAAGAGAAGAUAUAUUCUUACCCUAAUCAAGUUACCUCAGAAGUUGGAUUCAGGGAAAUCUCAAGUUUGGAAGAAGUAGUUGAAAAGCAAGGUGAUGUGAUUGAAUACCUUCAGCGGCACAAUGCCUUGCUUAGCAAGAGACUAUUGACAUUAAUGUCUGAGCAGAACAGAAGCUAGUGGUAUUCAAGACAGCAAUGUAGAAGAAAAACAUCUCUAGUGUUGAUUCGUUCUCUGAAAACCAAGUUGUACUGAAAAACUGUUUUGAAUAACAGUUGGAUCACUCCUGGCUCACUGGAAAAGCUUAUUUUUUAAAAGGAUAUAUAUUUUUAAAUGGUUAUCUCUCCUAAAAAAAUUUGCAGUGCAGGAAGCAGACCUUAGGUAGGGAAAACUUCUCUUUCUAUGUCAGUUGCAGAUUGUUCUUCUAAAGUGCCAAAGAUUUGUAUGGUAGUUCAGGAUUCAGUUCUUUUCAAAAAUACAACAAAGUAAACAUCUUCAUUUAAGUGUCAGUUUUCCUUACAUCUGUAAUGUUAUCAGUUAAACUAUUGGAUACAUUUAUAAAAGAAAUUAAGGAUUAUUAGUAUCUCUGCUUUCUCAGAGAUGAAUACAGUUACUAUGGUAAUAGUGAAGAAUCAUCUGGAAAACCUUUUAAAAAAAACUGUGCAGAAUCAAUGAGAUUCCAUUUCUGCAGGUACAGUGAUAAUAGAAUAGAAUCCUGAAUGCAAAGGAAUAUCCGAAAGAGGAAAAUGAGGAUAUUCUACAUAAACUGAAAAGACAUUGUAGAUAUAAUAUGGGAAAUAUAAAUUAAGCCUUUUAAAAUCAUGGAUAUCAAAAUGAAGCUAAUAUUGCCUUUCUGCCUCGCUUAUGUGUAUGGGCCAGCAGCAUCUUACAAUCAAAUGAGCAAAAAUGGGAAAGUGUGUGAAUAUAUUUUUUAAAUGUGGGGGGAUAUUAACAAGCUGCAUGUAAGUCUUUAUCUAUCUAUCUCUAUUCUAGAGGUUUAUGGUGUGGUAUUGUUUAUAAUGUGAAGAAACAUUAGUUUCUGGCUUUUAAGUUUUUCUUAAGACCUGCUUCUUUAUUUUGAAAUGCUACUUCUUUAAUCCCUGCUUAUUGGAUGUUUAAAAUCCACUUCCUCUGUCCUUUAAACCUAUCAUAAUUGUUGAAAAUACUCAGGCUUACUGAUUUCUCCCCCAAAAGCUGUUGCACAAAAUAGAUAAAAGCUCCUAUUGAAUUCAAUGAAAAUUAGUUGCUGCGAUCUGCUCGACUAAAGGUGUUAAUUUACUUUUUCUCAGUUAACAGUUAAUUGCCUGCUCUGUCUUUUUGCUACCAAUGAAGACAAAUUUUUGUGUAUUCUGUAGUUAGUAUUUCUACAGAAAGGCAUACUUUUCAACAAAUCUGAUAAUUCUGUGAUCUUAUCUGGGGAAGAACAAAAGUAUACCAUCCUGUUAUAAAUUAUACAAACUGAUUAUUCAUCCACUGCUUACUGAAACAUAUGUAUGCAUGCAUAUUGUACAAAGUAACAUGACUGCUUCUAAUUCCUUCAUGUCUUUUAGACUGGUUUAAGCACAGGUAAGAUUUUAUAUAGAAGAUGAGCUUUCCUUUUAAAGGAUACUUAGAUUUCAACAUAUUGUAGUUUGUAUGUAACUUGUUCUACCUUUUGUAUUAAAUGUGAUGUUAAUAAAUGCAACAAAUCCUAAUCUAUUGCAA